AGAAGUGGGUGGGGCAGAAAACAGUAGACACCCAUUAAACCAAACCGUCUUGACUUGGUUUAUAAAACAGAUAUGUAGUCUGCUGGUACAUCGGAUGCCGGUAGUAAGAAAAUCGACAAAAAUGUCCAGUUAGCGUUAAAAACUUCAAACACAGAAAAUGCGAUGCUACCGUCACGCAUUUUUGUUGUGCCUGAUUUUCGCCUUCUUAUCACUGCUGUAUGUUUUCAACCAGCUUGCCUCCACCCUGGAGGACAGAGGCAGCAGGGACCUGACAGAGCGGAGGAUACCCAAAAGGAGUAGCCAUGAUAGUGGGCACCUGCCAAGGAAAAGGCCCGGACUGACAGGCCUUCGGGACCAUGAAGGAGGAGUUGACAGGUAGCUAGCUAAUGUGUCUUCUGGCCACAAUUUUAUUUAAAAACUGAGUUUAUCGGUAUAUUUAUGGAACGUCUACUUAUUUCUACAAUUGUAGUUCACGUCAGUAUAACGUAAAAUAAGUAAUUAUGUGACUUUAACAACGUUAGUUGAACCGCUAAAGCUAACGCUACUAAGCUAACCUGUAGAAACUUGCAGUCAUCCCGUAGCUGCCAGGCAGGAUGUAAUGUAGUAUUUACUGAAUAAAUCGCCAUGACAUGAUUAACAUCUGGGCAGUCUAAUGCAGCAGCGCUACCACAAUUUAUACAAUCUGGAAGUUUCUCCAUUUUCAGCUGUUGUUGACAUGGUUGAACCUUGUAUUACUGUGGUUGUAGACGGAGGUGGAGGUGUAAAAGAGUGAGUCGAUUUUAAAGGUGUUGUAUUUUGUCCACCUCUACAUCACCAAACACAUGAGAAGAAAGAUACUGGGACCACCUUUCAUUGUAAUACACUUCAGUACACCAUUAACACCCAAUUCAGCUUCAACCAUGAAGUGUAAGAACAAUUAUCACCUCUCUGAUCAUAUCAACAUAAAAAAAAAUGAUAAUAAAAAACUGAGAUUGUAAAAGCUUCAGAAAAUGAUAAUACUGGGAAGAGCUGUCGUAUUGGGUUGCAUUGAGUUUUCCCUGGUGCUUAUGAUGUUAUGGCUGGUUGGUUCACAGUAUAUUAACCAUAUUAAUUGUGUCACUUGUACUGUUUUGCAUUUACAUUUUAUACAUGUUUGUAUUUUCUUGUAGUAAAGUCUUUUUGUCCAAACGGAUUUGUUUAUUUGCCACAUGUCACUUAAACUCAUCAUUAACUUUAGUGCUGUGCCUCAUUAGCUUUUGGCCGGAUUAAAAGCACCACCACCUGUCAACUAGCUGCAUGGGGCUAGUUCAGGGGAGCUUUAACACAAAAACAUACAGUUUUCUGAUUUCCAGAAAGUUCAUUUUGACACUCAGGAUCCAAAAGAUCAUGUUUUAUUUCUGUCAGGUGUAAAUCACAGUCAGUUUCUUACUGGAGUCCAUAUUGGAGACUGCCUGCUGAUGUUUGUGGAGUGAACUGCUUUAUGGACUCAUCUUUUAGGUAUGACUGAUUUUGUGCAUCCUAAUAUUCAGAUACUAAUGUACUUCUUUUUUUAAUCAGUUGACCUUAGCUGACAAGUAUCACAUGUCUUUCUUAAAUACAGAGCCUAUGACUGUGAAACAUGCUGACUUCUCCGUUUGAGUUUCAUUAUGAAAGUCUUUGUUUGAUCCUGUGUAUGGCAGCUGUGCUAAAUUAAUGGAAAUGUGUUAUUGUGCAUGAGCUUAAACCUUUGAUUUAUACAUUACAUUCACUUUUGCUCUACUAAACAAAUCACAGAUCUUAUCCACUCUUUUGUCAUCUUUAUUCCAUCAUGCAGUAAUAUAGUUAUGGGCAGGGUAGCAGCCUUUAAGGCAAAGUCCAAAUGCUGGUGAAGAGAAUGAUAUCAGCCCUUGAGGCAUUCUUGAAUUUCCCCUCAGAAAUCAAUGAAUUUCUACUUGUUGUGCUUGUUCUUUUUCUCCUUCUUGUUCUUUUCCUUCUUGUUGUUCUUGUUUUUCUUCUUCUUCAUUCACAGUUGUAGAACUUGUUCAGCAAAAAUCAACAUGAGUUUGUAGUCAUGACAGUGUUGGUUGAUGCAAUGUCUUAUUGCAACAUCAUGACUUUUAAACAGAGUUUUUAUUGAGAAGUUAGCUGUGUCAAAACUUUCCAAGGAGUUUUUAACCUGCUUCACAUCAAUCUGUUAAUCCCAUUGAUGGUUCCAACCCUACAGAGCUGAGGAUUUCUUCAUUUCAUUGUUCUCUUAAGCAGUUGUCAGAGAAUUUUUGCUGGUUUCUCAUUGUUUUGUUCGUAUUAAUUGUUCUUUGACCCCUAGUGGGAGGUCAGGCUCUGCAGUCAAGGAACACAGGGAUGAGAGAAGUCACCUAGCUGUGGUGGCCUGUGGCUCCAGGCUCGAGGAGACUCUCACAAUGUUGAAGUCUGCAGUUCUUCUCAGCAAAAAGCCCCUGCACUUCUACAUCUUCGCUGAGGAUGAUCUGCAUGAUAGCUUCAGAAGUGCUGUGAGUUUUUGCUCAAACAAAAUCACAUUCUUAUUAUAUUAUUGCACAAGCAAAUCAAACCAUCUGUCAGUAACUUGCAUGCAUAGAUAUUUAACAUAAAGCUUAUUCAUUACACUAUUGUUGGAGUAUAUGCAUGUGAAUAUUUUAAUGACCAGAUGCUCUUUGUUUGUAUAUUUUCUUUUAGUUAGACUCCUGGCCCAGGAUGGUUCAGAACAAGUUUAACUACAAAGUCUACCCCAUUUCUUUCCCCGAGGAGAAUGCAAAGGAGUGGAAGAAGCUCUUCAAACCUUGUGCGUCUCAAAGACUUUUCCUGCCAGUACGUUCAAAGCCAUCCUUUAUACUUGUAGCCUGUAGUAAUUCAACGCUGCGCAUAAGUACUCACUUUUUUGCGGUCUGUUUUCCAGCUGAUCUUGAAAGAGGUGGAUUCUUUGCUCUAUGUGGACACAGAUAUCCUUUUCCUGCGGCCAGUAGAGGACAUUUGGGCCCUCCUUUCUCAGUUUAAUUCGAGCCACUUGGCUGCCAUGGCUCCAGAGCAUGAGGAGCCUCGCAUUGGCUGGUACAACCGUUUUGCCCGUCACCCUUAUUAUGGCAAGACAGGCAUCAACUCAGGGGUCAUGCUCAUGAACAUGACACGCCUCAGGGAGAAGUUUUUUCAGGUAAUUUCAUAAAAAAAAUGAAAAACUGAACUUCAUUUUGGCCAUAAUAGCAGCAUAUGAAGAAGGCCAUUGUGUCAUUAAAAUACAAAAUAUGGAUUGUGCUCAUUGGUUAUAUAAGAAGGUAGUUUGUUUUGUUUCAUAUGUAAUGUGGUCCCAGUCAGUGUCUGUAAACUCUGCAGAUAAAUAACUUUAGAUAUUUGUUUGAAUGAAUAGUCUGCAUUGAUGGAUUAGAAUGAUGAUAUAUUGCCAAGUCAUUUUAAACUUUUAUAUUGCAUACAGCUAAUGAGUGCUUUAUCCACAUGUGCCAGAAAUACAGUAGCUGUACCACCAAGAUUAACCAGUUGAGGUCACUGUUGUAACUUCUUUCUGAACCAUCACAAUGAGCAGACCUUUGAGGCCACUGAACCGUUUCUUUGAGUUUAUCUGUAGGGAUGGCAAAGGGAUUGGGAUUUUAAAGAAUAGCGAGUUCUACUUUUCCUGAUGCAAAAUAAUCAAAACAACCUGUUUAUUGCUUGUUAGAAUGACAUGACCACAGUUGCACUGAGGUGGGAGGAAAUCCUGAUGCCACUCCUUCAGAAGUAUAAACUCAAUAUCACUUGGGGAGACCAGGAUCUUCUGAAUAUCAUAUUCAGCCAAAACCCAGGUUUGUGAAACUCUAUGAGCAAAAAUAUUAUUGUAGUGUAUAACACUAGGCUCUAAGACAUUUUUGAUGUUUACCAUUAAUCAAGUAUUUGAUUGUUUUCUUGUGGCUGUUUAAUCCUCAUCAACUGUUUUUGUGUUACAGAAAGCCUUUAUGUGUUCCCCUGCCAGUGGAACUACCGUCCAGACCACUGUAUUUAUGGCAGCAACUGUCAACACGCUGAACGAGAAGGUGUCUUCAUUCUCCAUGGCAACAGGGGAGUUUACCAUGAUGACAAGCAGCCAGCAUUUCGAGCCGUCUACGAAGCCAUCCAGAAGGUAGGGACGACUUUUCUAACCAGAAAUCUGCCAUUUCUUUAAGUUCCUGUGGUGACACACACAAAAAAAAAGAAAAAACUUCACUUCACUCAAGGAGUCCCUCUUGCUGCAAUAGCCAAAAGUUUCCUCCCAGAAUACAACGUGUGUAUUCUCUUUGGUAUAGUUUCUUACCAGAGGUCUUGGUUUCAAAGAGUGUAUUCUCAAAGGUAGACCAGAGUACUUGUAGGAUCGUUUACUAAUCAUUAUAUCAUCAAUAGGCACUCCAGGCCAUUGCUUUUCUUUUAUGGAUGGUUCCAUCCAGUAGUUCUUAAUCAAUAUCCUGUUAAACAUUUCUGCCAUCCUGUCGCAGCUCCCUCGAACCGACAAAUCAACCUCACCAGGCUUUAGCCUGUGAGUAUCUGCUUCAGAUGUUGCCAACUGGAAUGCUUAUGUUGGCAGGGCAACAACUCCUUUUUGUCAAUUAAAAGCAGCCAACAUGAGCAGAACUAUUUUAGACUUACAUUGCGAGAGACUUGGUAGAAAGUGAUUGUAAUGAGAUCAGGGGGUUUGCUGAACUCCUGCUACAGCUUUAACUGUAUUGCAAGAAUACACACAGACACAGCCACUUAAAUAGUUUUACAGCAGUUACAGUAGCGAUCCAGGGAUACGCAGCUCGAAAGGGGAGAACUUGUAUUAAACACAGGCCAGUCUGUCACACUUGUAGUGAGGCAUUUCUGCUGCAGUUUGUUUAAGAGGAAGAGCCUGGGUUGUGCUAUUCAGCAGCAAGUACUGCUGAAGUUGUCCUGCCUCGUCUGUAAAACUGUACAUGGGAAAAGAUUGCUGCUGAGCUGGAGAGGAUGUAUUUUUUCCCCACUACAACAGGCAUAAGGUCCAAUCACAGCAUGCAUCUUUACAGGAGUUUGAUGAUGCAUUUAAUCAAUCACAGUUGGUCUCUGUGAUUGAUCAAAUGACUGUCUACCUCCAGACAGCUUUAGUAAAUUGCAAAACUGACUAUGGGUGGUCAGUCACUGACCUCUACAUCAUCUCAUCCAGCUCAUCAGGAAGUUAGAGCUACAAUGACAAAGAGUGAUGAAAAUAAAAGUUAAUUUAAAAACCGAAGUUUUGGCUUCUUCUGUCUCAUUUACAGAUUCUCAAGGAAGCAUUAAAUUAAAGCUACUGAGAAUAACAGCCUUCGGAUAAAACGAAAAGAAAGCUGAUGCUCUUGACUCCAGGAUGUUUUUGUCUUUUUCCCCAUUCUGAUUAAGACUUGUUUAUCUCCUCAAACUCCUGGGCUGUAAAGUUUGUCUCUUAGGUUAUAUUGCUCAAAAAAAGAGUGAAAAAAAGAGUCUAUUUCUUGGCAUAUUGUAGACUUGGUGCUGUUGUAAGUAGUCACAAUAGAAGCUAGUGUAAAUGGGACUGACUUUGAAAUCUUUUCAAUAGAUUUGUUGUCAGUAAUAGAAAAAUGGAAUAUCAUGUAAUAUCCUCUCUUGUAGUUGUGCAAAACCUUUUUUUUUCUUUGGUAGAACAGCUGGUGAGAGCUGUCCCUCUGUUUAUACUGUCUUUAAAACACUCGAAUAUUUAAGUUUGUAUGACACCACAGAGUAUAGACAGCACACGCUAGAGCUCAAAAAUGAAGACAGAUCUUGGAAUAAAAAAGUCUGACAUCUGUGAAAUCUACUCUAACCGCCAUUAAGCAUCUUCAGAGCUCAAAAAUUUCCACACAGCACACAUCAUUGAGCGAGCAAGUCAGCUGGACGGCUCUCUCACCGCUGGACGGCUGCUCGUCUUCGAUCUGCUCUCGUUGAUUUCAGCACUCUGGUCAACAUGUAGGCAGCAAUCGAGGGAGCAGGGGAAGCUUCAUUAGCUCGUCUCCAUCCAUUACCGCCACAGGGCUCGGCCUGGCCACUAUCAGUGCGGGCAAUGUUCUCAGCCAUUAGGUAAACGAGCAGGCUUCAUUAUGGGGUACUCGGCCCUCGUGCUUCCAUCAGUCUCUCAGACAGCACAAACACACGUGCAGCAUGCUAGACUCUACCUGAUUUCCGAGGUUGGUGGAGUGCUGUGGCUUGUCAGUGGUAAGCCUGGAACGUGGCUUGUAUUAAAGAGAUAAAUAUAAGAUUCUGGUCUUUGUAGUACAAAUAGCUCAUUAGAAAAAAAAGCCUGGUCUGACUGAAGAGCUUUUCAUCCUUUUGUUGCUAUACUUUGUUGAAGCUUUUAUCUCUGCUUCCUGUUGCUCCAGCUCCUCAGGCCCCCUCCCACCCUGUUCCCACUCAGUCCUUGGAGAGCAGCAUCCUAAAGCCUGGAGCAGGCAAUUCUGAAGGAAACUCUCAUUUCCAUCCCACCAAGAGCUCCUUAGUCAGCCCGCCUCCCAAGGCAGGCUCAGCCAGCGGAGGAGCUUGCAAUAAAGGGCACUACCAUUACCCAGCCAAGCCCACAGAAGAGUUGUAAAAAUUUUAGUGCUGAUGCUAGUUUGAGACAUCAUGAUGGCUGUGUGGACAACGCACCAGCAGCAUCCACAUAAAAAUCGAUAGGAGGCUGUUAAUGGUGCUUUAUUGCCUGCUGCAGUAUAUGAAAGAUAAUAAAGAUAGUGGGUCUUGAGUAACUUGAUGCUCACCCAAACUAGAGUCAAAUGAGAUGCUGUUAACCAGUGAUUUCUCCUUAAUUCCAUGAAGCAGUAAGAAAAUGGUCAGCGUGGAAAAAAUAGUUCUGAAUGUUUAUUUACAACUGCCAGGACCUUUGGAGAGACUCACUGUAGCCAUGUUGACAUGGGCAAAAUUUCUUGAUCCAAUAAAAAAUGUAAGGGAUCAGAUAAUCUGAAUCCACUGUUUAUAUGGGUGCAAAAUCAAAUAAUCUGAUUAUAACGUGCGUAUACAUGCACCAAGCUUUACUCAUAUUAGAAGCAUUUGGACAUACACAGAGUUGUUUGAUUUUGCUGAAACAACCGCAGAAGAAGAGUUGUAUUUACGCCUGUGCUGUUAACAAACCAACAAAUUCAGUAGUGGCUCACUCCAUGCAAUUCAGGAGUUUUCCCCCUGUUAAAUGUUGUCACUAGAUGGCGCCCUUGCUUACUUAUUUUACUGUUCUGUCAAAGGUUGAACUGUGUGUGCAGAUGUGACAUCAUUACGCUGUAUGCACACGUUGUUAUGUUACCGGAGGAGCAGACGGGCACCUGAGUUUGUGUUUUAUGCAAGAGUGUUAAUAAUGAAACCUCGUGUACAGUCCUCAAUAAAUAAGCCAAAGGCUAAAAAGAGUGAAGCUUGAGUCAAGUAAGAGAGUCACGAUCGGAAUAAGUGUUUACAUGGAGGCGCUUCGGUAUAACAAUCGGCAUAAACCAUCCCACUUGAUCGGAAUACAAUUUCUUUCCGUUUGAGCCAAAUUGGAUCAGAAUCUUCCGAUCUACAUGUUUGCACGAUGCAUUUUUAUCCCGAUCGGGCAUUCAUUCCGAUUAUCUGUGCCCAUGUAAAUGCAGCAAGUGUCUUUUCCAAAGGGUUUUACAUUCUAGAAAAGUUACAUGUUUGUUGGGCUGGGCUUGUGGAGCUGGUCGGUUGAGUAGUUGCUGAAUUGGAUUCUCUGGCUGUGAAGUGAUAGGAUGGCCUUUGCAAAUUUAAGCCACAGGGACAUUUAAAAAGAAGACUGUUCAGUAGUUUCUGCCAUACCUGUGAAUUACCCUCUACAUUUAUAUUCUUGCUGUCAAAUAAGUUCUGUAACAACAUAUAUGCAAAGUGGCUGUUUAGUAAACCCUCUCCUACCCGACACUGUUUGUGACAAAAGCCUUGUAUUCUCAUAUUAACUGGCUGGAAGUUUUCUUUGUCAUUCACUUGGCAACACUAAAGCAUACGGUAAUGAAGCAUAUCUGCGCUGCUGCAGCUGUAGCAUUCACCAGGGCUGUCAUGCCUCGCUGAGCCCAUUCUUGUAUAGCUGUGGUAAUAGAUAUUCAUAAUCCAAACACACUCUAAAUUGACAGAUAUGUAUUAAAUGUAGAGCGUUAUUGCAGAGAACUGACAGUGACAAAUGCGGCACUUGAUUUAUGUGAUUUAAAUGCAACUCUCAUUGUCCCAUGAUGGCUGCCACUGGAGGCAACAAGUGUAAAAACACAUUUUACAUCUUUUUUUUUUUGAGUAAUGUCAGGAGCAAAAAAAACAAACAAACUGAAAUGAAAGUGUGUAAAUAAACAAUGUAGUGUCUCAAUUCCCAAGUACACCACUUUAUCACCCGCCUGUUUUUUUUUCUUCUUCUUCAUUGCAGCACAAGUUUGGAGAGAACAUGGAGACCACACUGCUUCAGCCACUGGAAGCAACUCUUAAGACAACCACGAAUACCUACUGUGGAAGAGCCAGUCACCUGUUUACAAAGAGGUUGAAACAAAGCGUCAUGUCUGCAAAAGAACACAUCACACAGAGAUGAUAACAAGAGGAUAGCAGUCAGAAAUCACUCCAUGAUUAGUGUCUACAGUCUUUGGAGGAAAAGAAUUAAACACACUCCUGGAUGACAAACAGAUGACAACACUUGAACGUCUUCUGUUUACAUAACACAUAUCAAAACUGUGGAGGGACCAUCUGAGGGUCAAUAAGUAUAUUUUGUCAUUAAUUUAAGCUGGUUCAUAUCCGUCCAACAAGCACAAUCAGACAACACAUUCUAUCUCUUUGUGGUGGAAAAUUUGGACUUGGUAGCUGAAAAAAAGGACCAGUGGGCCAAAGGUGUUUCAUAAAGGGGUGCCCCGAUACAACUUUUUUAACUUCCGAUACGAUACCAGUAUUGUAGCCUUCAGUAUUGGUCGGUACUGAUAUUGAUCCGAUAUUGGCACAAACUGGUGCUUGGCAAGUUUUGCACUCAGCUGCAUUGUCUUUUUCGGACUUUGACUAAAAAUACUGCCACAUGGCCGACAUCACUCCUACUCCUUGCUACUUUGUCAGUACCUUAGUACACACUUGUUACGAUUCCUUGGGCUUCAUAUGCUGGAUUUUGGCGCUGCUAGAGGUGGUGGAGUGAAGUCAGGAAUGGACUGCUUGUAUUGGAGUGCUGAUAUCUGAGAUAAUCCGAUAUCACGUUUUUUCCAAUAAUAUCAGAUCAGGACAUGCCUUUCCCAAUCAAACUGGAAUCUGAUGCUGUCACAGAGGCGGAACAAUAGCACCAGUUUAAUGAUGUGCUUCUUCAAUACAUCUGCAGCAACGUAAUGUGGUUUCCCAGUUUGUGAUUUCAUGGUGUAUUACAGUGUUUGAAGAGGAGCUCCUCAUACAUACACAGACAUACACACACACACACAGCAAUGUUCUGCCCUACCAGCUCUAACUUUAAAUUGCAGUUUAUUUCACACACACCUCUGUUAUUACUUCUAAUAGCAGGUCAGCAGCAGAACAACUUUGCCCCACUAUGACACUUCUGUGCAUUAUAAAUUACAGAUUUAGUGUAACAGGUGUAGAUAUUUGACCUGUUAGUCUAUAAGCAGCUAGUCUCUGUGUUAACAUUGAUGCUGAAAGGCUAAAAUGCCUCUUUUUAAGUUAUUCAGUGAUGCCAUGUGAAAUCACACACUGAGAUGCCACAUGUAUAUCACCUCCUUCUGUGGUUCAGACUAGUGAAAGUAUAAGACAAAAAACUGUGGGUCUUUGUUAAUGAGCUGUGGCUAAAUCUGUGUAUAAAGAGCUUUAGUGUAUUCUAGACAAUCAAGAUUGUAUGAUCUCUGAAGAAUUAAUACAUUUGUACAACUAUUUCCUGUAUUUGGGGACUAAAGAGUUGCAGCUAGGUACCUAAAUGUGCUUUAUUAUUGAAAGUAUUUUAUUAGAGUUUUAAUAUAAGUUUACAUAUGAUCUCUGUACUUGUGUAUGUGUCAAUGCAGUAUAUCACUGAUCAGAGAGAGGGAUAAUUAAGGUACUUCUUGGUGAAUGUCUUCACUUGAAUGAUCAGUUUUUUCUUCAUGGUUUGAUUGUUGGACAUCUGUGAGAUAAGAAGCACUUUUUUUAAUGUCUUCUUUCAUAUUAAAACCUAAGGCUGUCAUUUCAUUUACUCAGGUUUGGGACUUGUUGAAUCAUUGUUUACUGUGUAUUUUAUUACCAUAAAGUCAUUUAAUGUAAUGUAGCUAGUAUGAAAACUUUCCUAUAACUGGAACAAAGUCAAAGAGAGCAGUGGGUUUUCAGUCGUAAAAUCUGCUCUCAGAAAGGUUUAUAAAAAAAAUGUGCACUUUUGAAAUUGAGGAUUGUAACAACACAGAAUCACAUCUGUUAAACCAAUAACCGAAAAGCCAGCAUUGACAUUCAGAUGUAUACAAAAUAAAUGGGAAUAAAUAUUUUAUGAAAAAGCAUUUA